AUGCAAAAGUCUGCAGACGAUAUCAAGAUACGCGAAUCCAUACGACUUGUGCUCAAGAUUCAAAUCGAAAAGAGUUGGAUUCGCUCGGUGUCUCAACCUCGAUAUAAAAAGACGAAAGAGAUGACUGAGGCAUGGUUCAGUAACCUGAAUCGACUACAUGGUCAGGUCGAAAUCGCCAUUACUAUUGCAUCUGAGCAGAUGUUGUUUACAACUUUUCUACAAGACAUUGAGCGAGAAUUUGAGAUCGCUAUUCGAUCCCCAAGAGAGCCAUGGGCCGCGGCGGAAGCCUUUUUCCAAGACCCUUUGAAGCCCAACCAGCUUGGCUGGCAGACAUUGGACUUGGAGAACCCAAAGCCGAAAUUUCAGAAUCCGGCAAUGGUGGCAUUCCAUGAACCCCUCUCUCGCAUGUUAACCUUGCAAAUGAGCUCAUACGAAGAACUUGGCUUUGAGCUGGCUGCUGCUUAUGAACUCGAAAAGUAUCAUUUCCAAAGUGUUCUGAUACCAGACACUUCUUCGUGCUGGAGUGGAAAUGAAAAUGAGUUUGGGGUAAAGCCUGACGGUACUUAUAUGCGCUACCUUGCAGUCAUGACAUGUAUUCCAGAAGAACAACGAUCUCUUCUGCCUGAGAUCGGUACGCCUUUCAAAGUUACACUCAAGGUCGAUUCGCCAACUCAACGUCUGCCUACUGUCAAUGAGGAUGAUUCAGAAGGGGAUCUUCGUUCGGCGUGCCAAUAUCUUAUCGAAAAGGCCAGAGAUUUUCAAAUCCAGUGUGACACUGAGACCUCUGGCAUUGCGGAUACAGAGCAGAUCAGCAAGGCUAUACUCAAGCGCGAUCUCAAAAUGAUUGGAUCGAUCGUCGCAUGCUACCCCUCCUCACUGCCACAGGAUAUCACUCAGGUUCCGGAGUAUGUAGACUUGUCCGAGGACGGACUCAAAGCCGUCCUUGCCUGUCGACAUAUCAAUUCAUUCUUCCCCUUGCAAGAAGAUGAUGAAGAGUGGACAUCGAAACUGAUGGCUUGUUUCGCUGGGUCACUGACGAUCAAGGCUCCCGCAUCGCAAGAGCUUCCUCGGUGGAAGGCAGUCAGGCUUCCAGUGCCUCGAGAUGCGUGCACUUCUUCAGUUUACCUGCAGAUACAUACACCUUGCGAAGAAGACUGGCCACAAGAGUUUUCGUCUCCGCCUAUGAAGUUUAACCUUGAACUUCCAAUUCUGACCGGCGACUUAAAUCAAUACGUAACCAAUGCCAGUUAUGGUCAUACCAAGGAGCUGAUUAUGCAUGUCGAGCCCACUACGACUACCACGCGCGAGGAGAUGGAUGCAGUCCAAGCGAUGGCAAGUGCGGAAUCGCGCCUUCGUGUCGAUGGCCCAUACGAGGCUCUCACCCAAAGUCUUGGCCACCUGCCAGCUGGCAUGAUGUUGUACACUGGGGGGCCCGGUUCUGGCAAGACGACCUUUGCAAUCAAGCUUCUCCGUCAGCUUACAUCUAGUCCUGGAUUCCGAGCGAUAUGGUGUGUUCAAAGUAACGAACUGUGCGACGACGCUGCAGAGAAGCUCGCUGCAAAUGUGCCUGCGGACCACAUUGUCGCUCGCGUCUAUCCCAUCAAGCGUACAAUCGCCGCGAUCUCAGGCAGACUCAAUGAUGUGUCACAGCCGACUGCAACUAAAGAGUCACUCAAGGGAAAGUGCAAAGUCGAGUGUACAGUCAUUAAACACAUCACGGAAACCCGCAAAGCUAUCAACGGCAUCAAUCCGCUUGCUCGCCGUGACUCGAUCGCUGUUAUUGCCCUUACAAUGGCACACAAGAAUCGUGAGAAGUUUCGAGAGUUUUGGGCUUUGCGUGAGAAACAUAACCUGAGUCAAGGUGAUUGGCAAGAGUUGCAAACACAGUCGUUCCGUCUCCUCUCCUGGGUUCUGACGAAGCCGAGAGUCGUCGUUGUUGACGAGGUUGGAAAGAUGCCAGAGUCACAGUUCUGGAUUUUUCCAACCUUUUUCGCGCCUGAUCUCAUCUUGGCGUUUGGUGAUACACAUCAACUCAAGCCUACCUCCAAGAGCUUCGACAACCACGGAAAGGGAGAAAAAGAGACAGAGUGGUCAUCAUUGUUUGGACACCAGCGGAAGAUGUCUAUUUUGAGGCGUGCAGAGAAAGCCGGUGCGACGAUCUCCCAUAUCAAGGUCAACAACCGAAAUCUCGGCCACAUCGGCGAUUGGGCUAAGAUGAAUGUGUACGAGAGUGAAAUGAUUCUCAAACGCUUCUAUGAUCCUCUAGUUGAAAUUUUUCGCCGCGAUAUCGGCCGAAUUAUUCGCUGUGAGUAUGCGACUAUGAAUAGCUUCAUCGUGGACAUCCCCGAAGGUAAGGAGCAGCCAUGUGGAACAAGCUACACAAACUCGGCCAAUCGGAACUACGUUAAAUGGCUCAUAAACAAGUUGUUUGCCACUGGCUUCCCGUCAGUUUUCGACGUCACAAAGCAAGGCACAGUCAUGGUUAUCACGGAUUAUACCUCCCAGCUGUCUAGGUACCAAAGUGACUGGGCCCGUCUCGCGCUGGAUGAUAACAUAAGGAAAAGAGUUACUUUCCGCACAGUUGACUCUUCGAUGAGUGCAGAAGCUGAUAUUGUGAUUCGCGACAUCGUCAGGACUGAAUCGCUUGGUUUCACUACCGACCUUGCUCGGAUGAAUGUGGCAACAACACGGGCGCGUGGUGCAAUGAUUACCAUCCUGAGCACCAAGAAUUGGACUCGUGCUUGGUCAAGCAAAGGCAAAGGAAAGGUCACCUAUCCACCCAGUUCCAACAACAUGGUCAGCUACUUCAAUGGUCAUGUUGACCGCCGCGCUGUUGUUGAUUAUGGAUUUGGCGGCCAGAUUGGCUGGAAGAGCAUUUGCGUCUACUGUGGCAGACCAAACCACUUCAAAGAGGAGUGCGACGACACCGCAUCUCAGGAGGUCAUCGGCACCGAGGAGGAUCAUGGUAAUAACGAAGUUGACGAAGAAUCCGGUGACGCAAACUCAGAAGUUACGAGUGAACAAGCGGCAGGGGAUGCGGUCAAUUGGUAG